CGCCGGGCGCGCCCCUCCCUGGGCCGGGCUCCGGCUCGGGCUCCGCCUGCGGCCAGCGCUCCUCGGCCGCGCACAAGCGCUACCGCCGCCUGCAGAACUGGGUCUACAACGUGCUGGAGCGGCCUCGCGGUUGGGCCUUCAUCUACCACGCCUUCAUAUUUUUGCUGGUCUUCAGCUGCCUGGUGCUGUCCGUGCUGUCCACCAUCCAGGAGCACCAGGAACUUGCCAAUGAGUGUCUCCUCAUCUUGGAGUUUGUGAUGAUCGUGGUGUUUGGUCUUGAGUACAUCAUCCGUGUCUGGUCCGCUGGAUGCUGCUGCCGUUACCGAGGAUGGCAGGGCCGCUUCCGCUUUGCCAGAAAACCCUUCUGUAUCAUCGACUUUAUCGUGUUCGUGGCCUCGGUGGCCGUCAUCGCCGCGGGCACCCAGGGCAACAUCUUUGCCACGUCUGCGUUGCGCAGCAUGCGCUUCCUGCAGAUCCUGCGCAUGGUGCGCAUGGACCGCCGUGGCGGCACCUGGAAGCUGCUUGGCUCGGUGGUCUACGCGCACAGCAAGGAGCUGAUCACCGCCUGGUACAUCGGGUUCCUGGUGCUCAUAUUUGCCUCUUUCCUGGUCUAUCUGGCCGAGAAGGACGCCAACUCCGACUUCUCCUCUUACGCUGACUCCCUCUGGUGGGGCACGAUUACUCUGACGACCAUUGGCUAUGGUGACAAGACGCCGCACACGUGGCUGGGUAGGGUCCUGGCUGCCGGCUUUGCCUUACUGGGCAUCUCCUUCUUCGCCCUGCCUGCGGGCAUCCUAGGCUCCGGAUUUGCCUUGAAGGUCCAGGAGCAGCACCGGCAGAAGCAUUUUGAGAAGCGGAGGAUGCCAGCUGCCAACCUCAUCCAGGCUGCAUGGCGUCUGUACUCCACCGAUAGGAGCCGGGCCUACCUGACAGCUACCUGGUACUAUUAUGACAGUAUCCUCCCAUCCUUCAGAGAGCUGGCCCUCUUGUUUGAGCACAUGCAACGGGCCCGCAAUGGGGGCCUACGGCCCCUAGAGGUGCGGCGGGCGCCGGUACCCGAUGGAGCACCCUCCCGCUACCCGCCCGUUGCCACCUGCCACCGGCCGGGCAGCGCCUCCUUCUGCCCUGGGGAAAGCAGCCGGAUGGGCAUCAAAGACCGCAUCCGCAUGAGCAGCUCCCAGCGGCGGACGGGCCCCUCCAAGCAGCACCUGGCACCUCCACCAAUGCCCACCUCCCCGAGCAAUGAGCAGGUGGGCGAGGCCACCAGCCCUACCAAGGUGCAGAAGAGCUGGAGCUUCAAUGACCGCACCCGCUUCCGGGCCUCACUGAGACUCAAACCCCGUGCCUCUGCUGAGGAGGGCCCCUCAGAGGAUGUGGCAGAGGAGAAGAGCUACCCGUGUGAGCUCACAGUGGACGACAUCAUGCCUGCCGUGAAGACGGUCAUCCGCUCUGUCAGGAUCCUGAAGUUCCUGGUAGCCAAAAGGAAAUUCAAGGAGACGCUGCGGCCGUACGACGUGAAGGACGUCAUCGAGCAGUACUCGGCAGGGCACCUGGACAUGCUGGGCCGGAUCAAGAGCCUGCAGGCUCGGGUGGACCAGAUUGUGGGUCGGGGGUCCGGGGACCGGAAGAAGGGCGACAAGGGGCCCUCCGACACAGAGGCAGUGGAUGAAAUCAGCAUGAUGGGACGCGUGGUCAAGGUGGAGAAGCAGGUGGAGUCCAUCGAGCACAAGCUGGACCUGCUGUUGGGCUUUUAUUCGCGCUGCCUGCGCUCUGGCACCUCCACCAGCCUGGGCACAGUGCAAGUGCCGCUCUUCGACCCCGAUAUCACCUCCGACUACCACAGCCCUGUGGACCAUGAGGACAUCUCCGUCUCUGCGCAGACUCUCAGCAUCUCCCGCUCGGUCAGCACCAACAUGGACUGAGGGGCUUCUCAGGGGCGGGACAGCACACGGCCAGCCCCUCGGCCUCGCGCUCGGACCGCCUUCUGAGGCCUCAGGACUCCUCUAACGUGGAUUCGCCUCCGUCGCGGGGAGAGAGGCCACACACGGUAUUGAGCUGCCUGGGUGGGCGAGAUAUCCUCAGUGGGUGCCAGCGAGCCGCCCCCACCUCAGGAGCGCGAGAUGCCAGGCCACACAGAGGGCAGCAGCAGCGGCUGCCCCGCGGCCGCCCCGCGGCCUCUGGGCCCCCCAGUGCCCUGCCCGCUCCAUCAAGGCAUGAUCUGGCCUGCCUGGCAGGGGCAGUGCCCCAGGAGUGGGAACAGGGCGCUGGGGCCCUGGGCCCAGACCCAGCUUCCAGCUAUGCAAGGUGGGGUCUCUAACCCGCCCUUCGGACAGAGCAGGGAAGCCCUCCCGCCAAGGCCCCGCCCCACUUGGGGGUGGGCCCAAGGUGCCCCCACAGGUACCCACAAAGCACAGGACCCUGCCACAUGGCAGGUGGGCACCACAUAUGCAAACUAUGUUAAAUAUGCAACUUCAGGGGCCCCCGUGGGGUCCCUCUGCCCCUCCCUUGUUGGGAGAUGGGCCCCCAGCAGUAGCUGGUCUCAGGCUGCUUGGCCAUGACCCCCAUCUCCAUUCUUUGGCUUAUCAUCCAUCCCUACCCAGCAUGGGGCCUGUUUCUCCUCUGCCCUCACCCAAAGGCAGUGCCUGGGUCUCUCUUGCCCUUUGCAGGUGUCACCUCCCAGGGGCUCCCUCUUCCUGCUGAAUGUCCAGUCCCCUUUGGCUCUCUAGACACUUUUGACAGUCAGCACAAGUUUCUGUAUUCUCUUCAAACCUCUCACAGAAGAUGCUCCCACUGUCACACAAACAUGUCGCGUUAGUUUUCCCAGAUGCACAGAAAGUCUGUCGAACUCACAGUAACACACACAGUCGCACACGUUUGGAGACCUGAGCACACAGCCACACAGCCUUUCCUGGCCCUCUGCAGAUGAUGCCAGGGGACUGGCCCUGCCAGCAGGGGAAGCUCCCCACUCCAUCUGGGAAGGAAGGGAGAUCUGAAGGGACCCCAGGUUUCUGCAGGCCUCACCCCAGAGUGUAACCAGCUCCUCUUCCCCAAGAUUACUCCUCACAGGUCCAGGAGCCCUAACUGCUGCCUCUGUCUGCCCCCAAGGGUCCUCCUUGGCAUUCCCACAGCACAACUCAGGCCUAGGCAUCUGCUGAGAGACCCCAGGCCCUUCCUUCCCCAAGGUGGCCCACUUUGAUCCAGGUGCCACCCCUUCCUAGUCACUGUAACUCCCAGAGAGAAUAAUAAUGCAAAUAGCAGCUACUAUUUGUCAGGCACCAACUGUGCACUUGGCACUCACAUGCACUGUCUCGCCUCCUUCCAUAACCCACGUCUUCACUUCAGUUGGCAGCCCCCAUAUUGGCAUAAGCCCUCAUCCACUCCAGGCCCCUAGCACCUCUGUUAUCCCUACCCUUUGCCCCUCUUCUGCAAAGCCAAUGUAGGUGGCAGGAGGGUAACGGGUAGUGGACUGACGGCAACCCUUUGUGGGGUGCCAGGGAACAAGGGGCUUAGGCCAAGCUGCCUGCAUCUCAUGACUGGGGACCUGCAUGCACCAGCACCAGGGCUGGGGUUAGAUCUUGCUCAGCCUCAUGGUGCCCAGCCUCUGCCCCAACAUGCCCUCUGCAUGUGACCAUCAUGCUCUGGAUGGAGCCUGUCCUGGCUCACCUCACUCGCACUGCACUGUCCCCAGAGAGCCACACAUCUGCUCCCUCAGAAACAGAGCUGUGGAGAGGGGCAGGAGAAUGGGAAUACCCUACGACCAAAGGAAGCUUGGGAAGAAGCCCUCCCUCCUUCCGCAAUCGAGGUUCCCCCACCAAUGCGGUUCUCGGAUAUGCAAGUACCUCACUUUGUUAACUUAUUAACUUAUUGGUUUCAUUAAAGUUUUCAGUAGGA